CCACAGUUUGUAGAAAUUGGUUGGAAGCUUCUUCAUAUUUUUAGGGAUUAUCAAAGGUAUGGCUACUGCUACUGCUGUUGACUCACAAAGAGACAAUGUGGAAGUCUUUCCUUUAACUCCAGUUCCAGAAGAAGAAGGAGAAAGUGCUUUUGAGGCACCACCAGGUAUGCAACGAUGGCUUGAAGAGAAGAUUUUACAGUCAAGUAGCUCUUCGUUAGUUUCUACUAUAACGAAUACUACAGAAGAAGACCACGAGGAAGAACAAGUUCAACAAAAUGAAAGAGUGCAAGAGAGUUUAACGGAGUCUUUACCUCAAGAGGAAAGGGAGAAGCUUCGGGAACUUUUAUCAAAAACUGCCGAUUCUUCGGCAGUUAAAGAACGUGUUUUUUCAACACAGAUAAGACCUCCUCCUACUCCUCCACAAGAUGUUUCGAUGUAUACAAAUACGAGAAGAACUGCCAGAAGUAAAAACGAUAGAGAAAGAGGUUUUUUCAAGUCCGAUCAACUCGUAGAGUCUUUGUUACAGAGUCACGCAAAACGUGGAAAGGACCGCGAAAGAGAAGCCACGAAAAGAAGAGAAAAUGCGACUCAAGUCGCUGCAACACAAGCCAGUGGAAGAGAGUUUUCUUCUGUUGAUAAAUAUCAAGUACCAGUUCAUGUUCAAGAUGACGACGACUCUUCGUCGGACUCUGCGAAAGAGCAACCCAACAUUAUUUCUUCGAGUAACAGAGAUAAGACUGAGUCUCCGAAGCUAAGACAGUUAUUAUCAAAAAACACUAGAACGCUGUUGAAGGAUUGGCUCAGUCUAUUUUUCUCUGCGGAUGCUGCACAACAUUAUUUUGCUGAAUACUUACGACGACUUUCACAAGUUAUUGGUUACACAUUUGCUGCUAUUGGAUCAAUUUACUGUAUUUUUGGUUUUAUGUUUUUGCUGUUUGCAGUUGGGGGUCUGAUAGGUUGGUUCAUCUUUUGUGCUGUUAUUGUGUCUGCAGUUGUUUCCUGCAUCUUAUUGUUGGGACUAGUUGCAUUUGUGGUUUGUUUUAUUUGUGUAUGUACAUUCACCGUUUCACUGUUUACGGUUUUGUUUGCUUUCAAUAGCUUGUUUCACGUCUCUCGCAAAUCAAAGUUGUAUCCAUAAACUAUUGGAAAGACUAUUAACGACAAGUUUCAGUUUAUACUAUUUUUCUUAUCCCAAUCAUUUACUGCACGGUAUAUAUAUUCUUUACAAGUUGGACAGGGUGCCUUUCGAUAUCCACGGCAAACUUGGCAUUGAUUACUAGAAGUCACGUUGAAGAGUUCUAUCACGAAAUAACCCUUUCCUUCACAAGCAGGACAUGGUAUUUCUCCUGUGCCACUACAUUGUUUGCAUUCUGGUGAACCUUUCUCUUGCAAAUAUUGCUCCCAUUUCGUAUGCUCAACUAUCUCUUCUUCACCUUCAGUCUGAGAAACGGAGGGGUUCUCUAGUUGUGCGCGCUCCCACUUUGCAAAACAACCUCCGAUGGUUGCAUAACAUGAAUAAUGGCGAGGUAAUUUCUUUUUCAAACGAGUUCCGGUGAGACUUUGGAAAGAUGGUCCUAUAAAGGUCAUUCCCAUGCUGGAUACCAAUAAUCUCCGAGAUAGAUACGGAUUUUAAUACAAGUUAGUUGGUUAGAGCUGUUUUAUGAGAAUGUUGUCGUCACGAUCCAGUACCUUUUCAUUUCAGAAUGCCCUGUAUGACAAUUCAUAAAUAGCUACUAUUGGUU